GUUGGCAUUAGUGGUGGACUUGAGACAUUAUGUGGCCAAGGAUAUGGAGCUAAAAUGUACAAGAUGUUGGGGAUACAUCUUCAAAUAUCAUGCAUCAUAUCAUUCAUAUUUUCUACGAUAAUUGCUAUUAGUUGGUGGUAUUCUGAUAAAAUUCUCAUUUUACUUCAUCAAGAUCCUGACAUAGCAAAAGAAGCUGGGGUGUUCUUGAAAUUCCUCAUACCUGGAUUAUUUGCAUAUGGUUUCUUGCAAAACUUUUUAGUAUUUCUUCAAUCACAAUCAAUUGUCAUGCCUCUUGUUGUGUGUUCAAUGGUAUCUUUAGUUUUACACAUUGGCAUUACCUAUUGCCUUGUUUAUUGGACAAGUCUUGGUUUUAAAGGAGCACCAUUAGCAGCUUCGAUUUCGAUUUGGAUUUCAGUCAUCAUGUUGGUGGUAUACGUUUUUUGUUCGAAGAAGAAAUUCAGUCAAAUCUGGAGGGAAGGUCUCUCUUUCGUGUCGUUUCAUCAUAUCUUUACAAACUUGAAGUUGUCUUUGCCCUCUGCUGCCAUGAUAUGUUUGGAAUAUUGGGAUCAUGAGUUUUUUGUGUUAUCUGCUGGUUUGAUGCCAAACUCAGAAACAACUACUUCACUAAUUGCAAUGAGUGUAAAUACCGAAGCUGUUGCUUUCAUGGUGUCUUAUGGUCUGAGUGCAGCUGCAAGCACUAGGGUGGCAAAUGAGUUAGGAAGUGGAAAUAUUGACAAAGCUAAGCAUGCUAUGGUUGUUACUCUCAAGCUAUGUGUUCUUCUUGCUCUUGUUGUUGAUUUGGCUCUAUUUUUUGGUCAUAGUGCAUGGGCUGGCUUCUUUAGUGAUAGUACAGAAAUAAUAAAAGAAUUUGCCACCAUGAUGCCACUUCUCUUAAUCUCAUUUGUAUUGGAUUUCUUUCAAGGAAUUUUAUCAGGGGUGGCUAGGGGAUGUGGAUGGCAACAUUUGGUUAUGUUCAUCAACUUGGCAACAUUCUAUUUUAUUGGCAUGCCAAUAUCUUGGCUCCUUGCUUUUAAGUUCAACCUACAUGCUCAGGGUUUAUGGAUGGGCUCAAUAUGUGGUCUAGCCUGCCAAGCUUUGGGCUUAUUGCUACUAACAUUAUUGACCAAAUGGGAAAAAAUGGAAGACUCAACAAAGAGCAAUAGAGAAAAUGAACUUUUAGCUUAAGCAUAUUGGGCCACUAAUGGGCUUAUAUUAUGCGGCCCAAUAAAACAAUUGAUAAUUAAUAAAAUUUGUCUGUGAUUAAAAUCUUUAUAAA